AUGGCAACCGCAACUCAGGGCCAGCAGAUCAGGCGCAACAUUGUCACCACCACCAACGUUGAUCUCAAGACUGUUCCCGACACAUACACCAUCGAGGAGAUUCUCGACCAGAUUCGCACCAAGCAAGACGAGGCAAACGAUACGAAUGCCAAAUACCAAGAACUCAAGGCUGGGAUGAACAAGACGUUGACCUGUGUUGGACUGUUGGGAGAUGACGAUGUCGAGAAUGAGAAUCUCGAGGGCCCACUUCAGGCGCAGUGCGAUGGAAAGUGCGGGACCACCUGGUCGGACGCAAACGGCUUCUUUGUCUGCAACGCAUGUCAGAGUGUCCGAUUUGACCGUGCUUGCUUGGAUCGGUUGCGCCUGGGGACUCUGGAUCUGUGUGAUGUCUGUGGGCCGGACCAUGAAAUGCUGUACGUCCCCGCAUAUAAUCCGGCCCGAUGGGUGAGGGUCGGUGAAGGCAAUAUUCAGGUGGAAUCCGAGCCUGCGAUCUCGGUUGAGCAGUGUGUCGCGCGGACCAGGCAGUACUGGGGAAUCAAACUCUGA